AUGGAAGACAUUAAGAAGGUUUUCAACAACUUCGACGCCAACGGCGACGGAAAAAUCGACGCGUCGGAACUUCAGUCCGUUCUCCUCUCUCUCGGCACCGACGCCACUCCCAAGGACAUCGCCGGCAUAAUGUCCGAAAUCGACGCCGACGGCGACGGUUCUAUCGACUUCAACGAGUUCGCGACCUUUCAUCUCGCGAGUUCCGACGACGUCCGCGCCGUCGACAAGGAGUUGCGCGACGCUUUCGACGUGUACGACCGCGACAAAAACGGAGUGAUCACCGCCAGUGAACUGCACUUCACGUUGAAGAGUUUAGGACAGAAGUGCACGUUGAGAGAUUGCGAGAAGAUGAUUAGCGCUGUUGAUGACGACGGUGACGGCGGCGUUAACUUCGAUGAGUUUAAGAAGAUGAUGCAUAACAAGCCUUGA